ACCGGGAGUACACAAGAUUUUCUCGACUUCCAGACCAAAAUACUGAACACGUUGGACUAAACCCUAAAAGCUUCCAACUUUCCGCCAAUGGCGUCGUCUACUCGCCUCUCCCAGCCGCCGGCUUUCUCCAAAGCCCUAUCUCACCCUCUUGCUCGAGACCCAUUCCCCAAAAUCACUUCUUUACCACUGAGAUUCAAUCGACAGCUCUCCCGCCACUCCCUUUCUCUUCGCGCCGUCAUCUCCCAAAACCCUGCCAAAACGACCUCGUCACAGACCAAUCAGUUUGAGCACUGUUUCAGCAAAUCCUCCGAUGGGUUCCUCCAAUGUGAGAACGUCAAGGUCCAGGAUAUCAUGGAAAGUGUGGAGAGAAGGCCUUUCUAUUUGUACAGCAAGCCUCAGAUUACUAGGAAUGUGGAGGCGUACAAGGAUGCCCUGCAGGGAAUGAGUUCUAUUAUUGGAUAUGCUAUUAAGGCCAAUAAUAACUUGAAGAUUUUGGAGCAUUUGAGGUCGUUGGGUUGUGGCGCUGUUCUGGUUAGUGGGAAUGAGCUGAGAUUGGCUCUCAGGGCUGGGUUUGAUCCUACCAAGUGUAUAUUUAACGGAAAUGGAAAGCUGUUGGAGGAUUUGGUAUUGGCUGCUCAAGAAGGUGUCUUUGUUAAUAUAGACAGUGAAUUUGAUUUGGAAAAUAUUGUCGCAGCUUCUAGGAUUGCCGGCAAGAAGGUUAAUGUCUUGCUACGCAUCAAUCCUGAUGUGGAUCCUCAGGUACAUGCGUAUGUUGCCACUGGGAACAAGAACUCGAAGUUUGGUAUCAGAAAUGAGAAGCUGCAAUGGUUUCUGGAUGCUGUUAAGGCACACCCAGAUGAGCUUAAGCUUGUUGGCGCCCACUGCCAUCUCGGGUCAACAAUUACCAAGGUGGACAUUUUUAGGGAUGCUGCCGUUCUUAUGGUCAACUACAUUGAUGAAAUUCGUUCUCAAGGCUUUGAAGUCGAUUACCUAAACAUUGGAGGUGGUUUGGGCAUAGAUUACUAUCACUCUGGUGCAGUCCUGCCCAAGCCGAUGAAUCUCAUUGACACUGUUCGUGAAUUGGUGCUGUCAAGGAAUCUCAAUCUCAUAAUUGAACCAGGGAGAUCCCUUAUUGCCAAUACCUGCUGCCUGGUAAAUAGGGUAACUGGCGUCAAGACUAAUGGAACCAAGAAUUUCGUUGUGAUAGAUGGAAGCAUGGCGGAGCUCAUCCGUCCUAGUCUGUAUGAUGCUUAUCAGCACAUAGAGCUAGUGUCUCCUCCACCACCUAAUGCAGAGGUGUCAACCUUUGACGUCGUUGGUCCCGUGUGUGAAUCAGCUGAUUUUCUGGGGAAGGAGAGGGAACUUCCUACCCCGGCCAAGGGAGCCGGGUUGGUUGUUCAUGAUGCUGGAGCUUAUUGCAUGAGCAUGGCAUCAACAUAUAAUCUCAAGAUGCGGCCUCCUGAAUACUGGGUGGAGGAAGAUGGAUCAUUCCCACUGCAAUUCUGCAAAACUCUGCAGUGCGGUGUGCUCUUUGAGACACUAUCGUCUCUCAGUUUCCAGAGGGCCUUCUGCUCGAAGAUGGGAGGUGGUGCAGUUCCAAGCCUUUCAAAUGGCAAUCUUGCUGGACAGCCAGAUCCACAGAGGACCUACCAGGUUGUCGUAGCUGCAACUAAGGAUUGGGGUAUUGGCAAAGACGGGAAAUUGCCUUGGAAACUGCCUUCUGAUCUCAAGUUCUUCAAAGACAUUACCUUGAAUACAUCUGAUGCGGGGAAAAAGAAUGCAGUCAUAAUGGGUAGGAAAACAUGGGAAAGCAUCCCGCUUCAGCACCGCCCUCUGCCUGGACGUCUUAACGUUGUACUCACUCGUUCUGGGAGCUUUAAUAUUGCAACUGCUGAGAAUGUUGUGAUAUGCGGAAGCAUGAGUUCUGCAUUGGAAUUAUUGGCUGCAUCACCUUAUUGUCUCUCUAUUGAGAAGGUCUUUGUCAUUGGAGGUGGCGAAAUAUUAAGGGAAUCUCUUAAUGCCUCAAAGUGUGAUGCUAUCCACAUAACAGAAAUUCACACCAGCUUUGAAUGUGAUACUUUCAUUCCUGCCAUUGAUUACUCGGUAUUUCAGCCUUGGUAUUCAUCUCCUCCUGUUGUGGAAAAUGGCAUACGGUAUUGUUUUACAACUUAUGCUCGAGUGAGGAGUUCAGUCGUUGACUCCCAGAGUGGAUCUGAUGCUCAAGUAUCUAGUGACGGGGUGGAAAACAGUAAGUUUGAGAUAAAGAAGUUCUCGUUCCUCCCUAAAACUGUAAUUGAGAAGCAUGAGGAGUUCUUGUAUUUGAGAUUGGUCCAGGACAUCUUAUCAACUGGCAAUUCAAAGGAUGACAGGACGCAAACUGGUACUUUAUCUAAAUUUGGCUGCCAGAAAGUGUUCUGGAGAGGUGUUCUUGAAGAACUUCUUUGGUUCAUUAGUGGAUCAACCAGUGCCAAGGUGCUUCAGGACAAAGGAAUUCGUAUAUGGGAUGGCAAUGCAUCAAGGGAUUACCUUGAUAGAAUUGGAUUGAAGGAUAGAGAGGAAGGUGAUUUGGGCCCCGUAUAUGGGUUCCAAUGGAGGCACUUUGGUGCGAGGUAUACUAACAUGCAUGCGGACUACACUGGCCAAGGUUUUGAUCAGCUGUCCGAUGUUAUUGAUAAGAUCAAGAACAACCCAAAUGACCGUCGUAUUAUACUCUCAGCUUGGAAUCCUGCUGAUCUCAAACUUAUGGCUCUUCCUCCUUGCCAUAUGUUUGCUCAGUUUUAUGUGGCAAAUGGGGAGCUGUCAUGCCAAAUGUAUCAGCGUUCUGCUGACAUGGGCCUUGGUGUGCCGUUCAACAUUGCAUCUUAUGCGCUCUUGACGUGCAUGAUUGCUCAUGUUUGUGAUCUUGUCCCUGGGGAGUUCGUACAUGUGAUUGGCGAUGCUCAUGUAUAUGUGACUCAUGUAAGGCCUCUUGAGGAGCAACUUAAGAAAUCACCAAGGCCUUUCCCGAUCUUGAAGAUCAAUCCAGAGAAGAAAGAUAUAGACUCUUUCUCAGCAUCUGACUUCAAGCUAAUAGGCUAUGACCCCGAACAGAAGAUUGAAAUGAAGAUGGCAGUUUAAAGCUUUACACAGGCAUUAAUUUUUAUGCUUUUGAAGGCAUGCCUGUGCUGAUCUUGUUUUUGGUUCUUGGAGUACUUUUUCCUCACCAGAGUCACUCCCUUGCCGCACUUGAUGCCAGGGGUUGCUUCCGUGUUCAGGCAUUGCUCUGGGGAGGGGUAUUACGACGACGAAUAUUGUGGAAGUGUCAAAAUAUGAAGUUGGUAUGCGUCUUUACGGUGUUUUCCUAAUUUUAGUCGUCACAUUACUUUUGGACCACCUUGUGAUUCUGGUUCUAAGGUGAUCAGAUUGCUGUGCCUUUUUUGCCUUGUGGGAACUUUACUGUUAUUACAUGUUUAGCUCUUCCAAGUUAUAGUCUUCUUUGUGGAGCCUUACCAGAAUUCCACACCCAAUUUUACUGUGGCCAACGUAGUUUGGCUUGGCAGAAUCCAUUUAGUAGGUCUUGUCGUUAGCUGGCUACUUGCUAUAAGAUUAGGUCAAUAUUGGUUAGUCAAGUUAGUUAUUUUAGUUGCAUUGUUAACUAUCAUCCCACUUACAACAGCAAUAGUGCAGGAAUAGUUGGGGGAGCAUUUCUUUUUGUAAUCGAACUAGAAUGAACAACAGCGAAAUAUUUUUCAAAGGCAAGCAAGUAUGAUAAAUUGAAC